AUGUCACCGUUGGCCAAGGUAGCUGAUGCAGUCUCGUCCGCGGGGUGGUCGCUACCAGCAGCAAGAUCCCAACGAGUGCUGGAUCUCCACAUCAAGCUAUCUACAAUGCGAUUGCCAAGCACCGCCCACGGCCCUGAUAGAUUCGAAUGGAAGCAGAGAACCAAUGUGUUUGCCGGUGUUUUCUCCUCUGCAAGUACCUGGAAACUUCUCCGUCAGCCAUCGCCGGAAGUACCCUGGCACGCUCUAGCUUGGUUCCCCGAGGGAGUACCUAGAUAUGGCUUCAUCCAGUGGUUGGCUUUUCGUGGUCGUCUACCCACGCUCGAUCGAUUGUACCGAUGGGGGGCGGUUGCAACCUCUUCCUGCCUUCUUUGUAGCUUGGAGGAGGAGUCUCACUCCCACCUCUUCUUCCACUGCAGCUAUAGUAGGCAGGUCUGGUACAGUUUCGCUCGAUCCAUUUGGAAUAUGCCGCCUCUAGAUUUGCAUGCCACUAUGGAUUGGAUGCGUCGCCCAGGAAAUGUCCAGUCCCAUAAUCGGCGUCUUAUCACCCUUAUUUUGCUGCAAUGCUCGAUUUACCUGUUAUGGUCGGAGAGAAACGCAAGGAUCUUCAGAGGGGAGUCAUCGACGGUUGUCUCGCUUUGUGGUAAACUAAAUGCCAUGGUCCGUAACUGCAUACUCUCUCUCCUCGGCUCCUCCCGUAGGAUUGAUUCGACUCUUCUAUCCGAUUGGUACUAUCUUACUCUCUAUCCCCGAUAG